AUUAGUUGUUUUCUAAUAGUGUUGAUGAAUGUACCUACAGCGUACAAAUAACUACAAUAAUUACGCUUUUAACAUUAAGCUGUACAAUAAUAGUUUAUGAUUCUAUAACAUAAUAAAAAUCUUAAUGAUAUGCUAAUUUUUUCAGUUCUUUUCCAUUAAUAGUCAUUUAAGUUGUGAUAUUUUGCUAAUAUAAUGUUAAAGACUUGCUUCGGAUGUUGUCCACUACACCAUGGCGUCAGUGCGAUUGCCCUUAUAAACAUAGUUUGGAAUAUUACGGAAGCAUUAAAACACAUUUAUCACCGUAAUGAACAGUAUGAACGUUUUAAGUGGGUUAUCAAUUCAAAUGGUAAUACAUCUGUUUCUCCCGAUGACAAUAGCACUGCAGAAGAUGAGUCUGUUGAUUACUGGUCGGAUGUCGAAAGGAUUCCUGUCAUGAGUGGAAUAUACAUGGACUACGUAUUUAUAAUAACAAUCAGUUGGGUCGUUUUGGAAUUCAUCUCGAAUUGCUGUCUCAAGCAAUCCACCUUUAAAGUUUCUCCAGAAAAGAUUUAUGCUUGGUUAGUGAUUUAUUACUCAAACUUAUGCUCAGGAAUAAUAUUUCUAAUCUUCAUCAUCUUUAAUAUGACGAUUACUGAAGAUAUAGAAUAUUUUAUGUGUUUUCUUGAAAUAACAAUUAUUGCGGUCGAAAUAUAUAUCGUGCAAUCAUAUUACAAACAACAGAAGUUGGCCGCCAUCAGUGAUUUCGUUCAUUUAAAAUGGAAAUAUGUACCAAAACCUAAGACUCAAUCAGAUGAAAAUAGAUCCACGAUAUAUAAAAUACCAGAGAAUCUGCUUACAGAUCAAACAGAAGACCAAUCCAGUUACAUCCCGAUAUUUGUAAGAGACUUGCGCCGCGCAAAUUCUUAAAAUUGUAUGAUCAAAUUUGCCAGUUCGUCGUGCAAUCCAUAUUUGGUAAAAAGUGUUUUGUGCCCAUUGUCAGACAUAUGUAAUAUUUAUUGUAGUUUAUUAAAUCUGUAAAUUGAAAUCGUUUGAAGAAAAUUGUAUGUGCCUAAUACCUACAUAAUAAUAUUAUUUAACAAUAACAAUAUCAUUAAUAGGGCACGGAUUUUGUAGCAAAUGCUUCUUUUGAGGGGAGUGUGAUAGAAAGAUAAUUCUUAYWURUAAAUACRUUUUGAAUCGUUCUGAUUUUAAUGAAGUAAACUUUUUUUUGCUUUUUUCCACAAAAUCUGCUUUUUAUUGCUUAUAGGGGGUAUUUGGUUAUUUUUUCUUGAUUUUUACA